AUGACAUUCUCAACCAAAGUAUCCAGAUCCGCCUUCACUUUGAUUUCGAGACCAACUCUUCUCCCACGAAUCUCACCAACAACAACAGCUAAAUCAUCCACUUCACUCGCCGCAACGAUGACAACCAAAGCAAUUAUAUACGUCGAAAAAGGCAAGGCCGCCAUCCAGGAUGUUCCCAUCCCCAGACUCCGCGACGACUACGUCCUCGUCAAGGUGAAUGCCGUCGGCCUUAACCCCACAGACUGGAAACACAUCGACUUUGGAAUGACGGACGCCGGAUCGCGGGUUGGAUGUGAUUACGCUGGGAUUGUAGAGGCCGUGGGUCCGAAGGUCGAGAAGGAAUUCAGGAAGGGCGAUCGCAUCAGUGGUGUUGUUCAUGGCAGUGACCGCACGGAGCACGAAAACGGGGCAUUUGCCAACUAUAUUGCCGCGAAAGGCGAUGUCCAGAUCAAGACUCCUGAAAACAUCAGUGACGAGGACGCUGCUACGCUUGGGAUCUCUGUUGGCACGGUUGGUCAAGGUCUAUACCGAACGCUCGGGCUGCCGUUACCAAUCGGAGACGUGAAGCCUUCAGACGAGUACGUCCUCAUCCACGGCGGCAGCACGGCAACAGGCAUCUACGGAAUCCAGUAUGCGCGGCUAUCAGGAUUAAAAGUCAUUGCGACAUCGUCGCCCCAUAAUUUCGAGUACCUCAAGUCUCUCGGUGCUGAGGAAGUCUUCGAUUACAAGUCACCCACGGCCGGGCCCGAUAUCCGGAAGUACACGAACAACGGCCUCAAGCUUGCGUGGGACUGCACAGGCAGCGGCGGGUCGAUUGUUGCCGCCGGACUGAGCAGCGAGGGCGGGAAGUAUGCGGCUAUCAUGCCGGUGAAUAAGGAGGAAGUUGAAGCUAUCAACGCCAAUAUCGACGGGCCUCAUACGACGCUGAUGUACUCGAUUUUCGGGGAGCGGUUUGUUAAGAGGGACGAGACGCCGCCGAAGCCAGAGGAGUUUGAGUUUGCGAAGAAGUUCUGGGAGAUUUCGAGGGGGCUUCUGGCGGAUGGGAAGUUGAAGGCUCCAAGGACGAUUGUUAAUAAGGGUGGUGAUGGCUUUGAGGGGAUCUUGAAGGGGUUGGAUGAGUUGAGGGCUAACAAGGUCAGUGGCGGGAAGUUGGUUUAUACUCUUUAA